ACGCUUCUUGGAUAAUCUAUACACACUCCACCCUAAUUCCACUUACACCGCUCCUACUACACCGGUUCAUGGUGGAGCUGUUUAUAUUUCACAACUUUCUAUUAUGUCCCAACAAACAAGGUGUCCGGUAUGUGAUGAAAAGGAUUUUGAAAAUAUCGAUGGAAUGUAUUACUGUUUAACCUGCUGUAGUCAAAUACCGAAAGUAUUUGAUACAGAAGUUGAGAGUUAUGGCCAAGAAAAUUACAUGUUUUCAUCUAAGCUUAAGAGAGCACUUCCUGAUGUCGACAAAUAUGGUUGCAAAUGGUCAACUAUCGAAGGUUUCCAGUUUGUCAUAAAGGAGCAAGUGAAGGCCUUGAUAGCAUUAGGAGCUGACCCCAAACUAAAGGAUGUAGUCUUUGAUUUGUGGGUUAAGUACCUUACCAAAAUCAACAUUGCAUUCAAUAACAGUGCCCAUGGAGAGCAGCCUUUCAUUAUAAAAUUUCCAACAAGAUCUCGAGAUGUGGCAAAGACCAAAGGUGGAUCAUCAGUUGUGAAGCUUAUGUCUCAAAGUCAGGAGACACCUGAGUCUUCAGGAAGGUUCUCUUCUUACCGGUUCACCAGAAGUACAUACAUCAAUAUUGCGCGGAUGUCUAUGGCGAAAACUAUUGCUUUCUGUUACCUGGGCCUUUUGUAUACCAACAAUCUCACAAUGCCCUCUGAUAUUGUCAGGUGGAUUCAGAAUGGCAAACUUCCUUACUUAUAUGUGUCUUCUCAGUUUCCUGAAGAUUUCAAGUUUUUUGCAGAAGAUACUGUCACUUUUAACCCUCCUAAUAUUCCAAGCACAAAAAGAAUUCGUUUGUUGUGUGGUCAACUGAUUUACUUUUUGAAACUUAGUGAUAUUCCCAGGAUACCAGUUUUGAAAUUAGUUCACAAAUGCAUUUGUCAGUUAAAUUUGCCAGGACAUAUACAUGGUUUGGCUGUGAAUAUAAUCUCUGAAAGGACACAAUUUUUCCAGAUUAAUCACAAAUCUUUGCAAUCUUUACCUCCAAUGGAACUUUUUGCAAUGGCUUAUGUGAUUAUCCUUAUAAAAACCUUAUUUCGUCUCGAUGGAAUCAAUGAAAGGAAAAUGUCCAGUUUUGCUGCCGAAUAUGCCAAACUAAUAGAAGAUGAUGAUAUAUUUAUUUGGGAAAACUGGGCGAAUCACAUGACUGCAAUUGCAAACAAUUUGAAACUGCAACGAGAAACCCACAAACCAUGUGCUACAACUGUCAUCCAAGAUUUAGAACAGUUUUUGGAUCACUGCAAAGAAACAUCUUGUUAUAAAACUCGGAUAUCUGUCAACACAAAGAAGAAAACAAGUCUGCACGAGUCUAUAAAUAGUCUUUUCAUCAAUAUUGCUGACUACUGGAAAGAGUCAAUCCCUGAACUGGAUUCCAGCAUUUCAAAAGAUCUUCCUCUUUCCUCAGACUCUUUCAGUGUUCCUGUUAAUCACAAAUCAAAAUUUCGGCAAUGCUCCAUCACUUACAGAACACAACCCAAAGACUUUCUUCACCAAAACCGUUACAAAUUAUCAGACUCUACCAUUCAGUCAGCAACAGAAUAUGAAAGCAGUGAUGCUGAUACUGAGAUUCUGUCCAGUCAGAUGGAUCUUUUCACUACUGGACCUGUCCAGAAGAAACCUCGACUACUUGCUUGCAAAGUUGUGGCAAACACUCUGAAACAAGGCAGGAGAAGAUCAAUAGAUACAAACGAAUGCAAAUACUUACAAAUGAAAUUAGAGUCACUCAACAUCAACAACACAUAUUUACCAGCCGACAAUAUAACAUUUACAGACUACACAGAUCGGACUUACCAAUGGUUGGUUUCAGUUUGUAGUUAUCUCAUUGAAGAAAAUAAGCAUGCUCUCAACAAUCAAGUCUGUAACCUUGAAUACCUUCUUAAAUUGCAACCCUAUUCUAAAUCCAGAAAGGGUUCAUUUUUAAAUAUUUAUCAGUAUUUUAAGAAAUGAAGAAGCCAGUGAAUCAACAAAAAUAAAAAUGUAGAACAGGAGGUUGGUAAAACCUUUUUGGAGGAGGACCUGAUUGAAAUGUUUUUACGCCCUUGUGGGCCAAAACAAAUAAAAAAUGAAACCAUGAUUUUA